CCCCCGCGCCCGGCCGCCGCCCCCCGCGGCGGCCCCGGCGCGCCCGCCCGCGGGGCCGCGCCCGCCGCCCCCGCCGCGGGCGCCCCCCCGCGCGCGGCCCGGCCGCGCCGGCCCCCGCGCCGCCGGCGCGCCGCGGGGGGCGCCGCCGGCCGCGCGCCCGCGCCCCGCGCGCCCCCCCCGGCGCGCGCGACGCCGGCGCGCGGCCCGGCGCGCGCGGGCCCGCGGCCGGGGCCGCCCCCCGCCGUCCGGCCCGCGCCCCGCGCGCGCGCCCGGGCCGGCGCGCGGCGCGCCGCGCCGGGGGACGCCGGCCCCGGGGGCGCGGGCCGGCCGGGCCGGGGACCCCGACCGCCCCGCGGCGCGCCCCGCGGGCCGGCGGCGCGCCCGCGCGGACGGGCGCCCCGCCGCGCGCCGGGCCGCGGGCCCCCGGGCCCCCGGGCCCCCCGCCCGGGCCGCGCUCCGCGGCGGCCCCCCGCGCCCCGGCCCGCGCGGGCGCGGCGGCGCGCCCGGGGGCGCCGCCGCCGCCGCGCGGGACCCCCGAGCCACGGGGCCGCGGCCGGCGGGACGCCCGCGCGCGCCCGGGCCCCGGCCGCGAGGCCCGCGCCCCGCGGGCGCCCGCGCCGCGGCCCGCCGCGUGCGCGGGGCGGCCGCCGGCGGGCGGCCGCCGCGGCCCCCCCCCCGCCGACGCGCCGCCCGCCGGCGCGGCGCCGCGCGGGCCCCCGGCGGAGCGCCCCGCCCGCCCCGCCGGCGCCGCGCGCCGCCCCCGCCGCCGCGCCGCCCGGCCGACGCGGGCCGCCCCGCCCCGCGCGGCCGCCCGGCCGCGCCCCGCCGCGCGCGGCCGGGCCGGCGCCCGGCGACGCGGCGCCGCGCCGCGCGCGCCCGCGCGCCGCGCCGCGCGGCCCCCGCGUCGGCGGCCCCCCGCGCCCCCGGGCCCCGCCCGGGCCCGCGCGCCGCCACGCGCCAGCCGGCCGGCGCGGCCCCCGCGCCGCCGACGCCGCCGCCGCGCCGGCCCGGGCGCGGCGCCGGGCGUCAGCCCCCGGCGCGCCGGGGCGCGCCCGCGCCCCCCGCGCCGGGCCGCGCGCCCCGGCGCCGGGGCACGCCCCGAGGCCGGCGCCGCCCGGCGGGCGGGCCCGGCGCGCCCCGGGGGCCGCCCGCCGCGGCCGCGCCGCGCCGCCGCGCGCCGCGCGCGCGCGCCGCGCGCGCGGCCGCGCGCCGCGGCGCGCCGCCGCGCGCGCGCCGCGCGCUCGCGCCCGCCCGCGCGCCGCGCGGCGCCCGGCGCCGCCCCGCGCCGGCGCGCGCCGCCGCGCGCGCGCGCCCCGGCGCGUCGCCCGCGCGCGCCGCCGCCGCCGGCCGCGCCGCCGCCCCGGGCGCGCGCCCGCGCGCCCGCGCCGACGCGCGCGCGCGCCCGCCGCGCCCGCCGGCGGCGCCGGCGACCGCGCCGCGCGGCGCCGCGACCGCCCGGCGGCGCCGCCGCGCGCCGCGCCGCGCUCGCCGACGCGGCGCGCCGCGCCCGCCGCGCGCGGCGCGUCGGCGCGCGGCGCGCCGCGCCGCCACGCGCGGCCGCGCGCGGCCCCGCGCGCCCCGCCCGCGCCGCGCCGCGCGCCGCCCGCGACGCGCGCGCCGCCGGCGCGCGCCCGCGCGCCGACGCGCGCGCCGCCCGCAGCCGCCGGCGCGCCCGCGACGCUGCGCCCGCGGCCCGCGCGGCGCCGCGCGCCCCCGCGCGCGCCCGCGCCGGCGCGGCACGCUCGCGCGCGCCGGCGCCCCGGCGCCGGCCCGCGCCGGGGCCCCGGCGCCGCGGGCGGCGCGCCCGGCGCCCCCCCGCCCGCGCCCGCCUCGCCGGCCCGCGCCCCGGCGGGCGCGGGCGCCGCGCGCGCCCCCGGGCCGGCGCCCCCGGCGCGCCCCGGGCCCCGGCGGCGCGCGCCCGCGCGGCCCGGGCCCCGCGCGCCCCCCGGCCGCGCGCGGGGCGCGCGCGCCCCGCGCCCGGGGCGGCCCGCGGGCGCACCCCGCGCGCGGCGCCGCCGCCCCCGGCCGGCGCGGCGGCGGGCCGCGCCCGGGGCCCGCGCCGCGCCGCCGCCCGGCGGCCGACGGGAGGCGCGCGACGCCGCCGCGGGCCGUCCCGGCCCCCGGGGUCCGCGCGCGCCGCCCCGCGGCGCCCGCGCGGGCCGCGGCGCGCCCCGGGCGGCCCCCCCCCGGGCCCGGGGCCCCCGGGCCCCCCCGGGGGCCCGGGGGCCCCCCCCGGGGCCCGGGCCGGGGGGCCCCCCCCCGGGGCCCCCCCCGCCCCCGGCCGCCCGGCGGCGCGGCCGCCCGGGGCCCCGGGCCGGCCGGGGGGGGCCCGCGGCCCGCGGCGGCCCGCCCCCCCGCGCCGGGGCGGGCGCGGCCCCCCGGGCGGGGCCGGCGGCCCCGCGCGGCCCCCCCGGCGGCGCCGGCCCCGGCGCCCGGGCCCCCGGCCCCGGCGGGGCCCGGGGCCCCCGGGGCCCGGGGGGAACCCCCCUCCCCGACCCCGCGGGCCCCGGCGCGCCGCCCGCGCCCCCCCGGGCCGCCCCGGGCCCCCCGGCCCGCCGGGGGCCCGGGGGGCCCCGCGCGCCGGGGCCCGGGGCCCCCGGGCGGCCCCCGGCCCCGCCGCCCGGCCCCCGCCCGGCCCCGCCCCCCCCCCGGGGCCCGCGGCCGGCCCCGCCCGGGCGGGGCGGGGUCCCCGGCCGCGGGCCGGCCCCCCCCCCCCGGCCCGGGCCGGGGCGGCCGGCCGCGGCCCCCCGGGGGCGGGCGGGCCGGGGGCCGCGGCGGGCGGCGCCCCGGGCCGCCGGCCGCGCGCCCCGCCGGGGCCCGCGCCCGCCCCCCACCGGGCGCGCCCGGGCCCCCCGGGGGCGUCCGGGCCCCCGGCCCCCCGGGCUGCCCCGGGGGCGGGCCCGGGGCCCCCGGGGGGCGGGGCCCCCGCGCGGGCCCCGGGGCCCCCCGGCGGCCGCCGCGCGCCGCGGGGGCCCGGCCCCCCGCCGCCCCCCGCCCCCGCGCCCCCCCGCGGCGCCGCCGCGCGCCCCCCGCCUGGGCCCGGGGCGGGGAGGCCCCCGGGCCCCGGGGGCCCCGCCGCCGCCGGGGGGGGCCCGCGCCGGGCCGCCCGCCGGCGGCCCGGCCCGCGGCGCCGGCCCCACCGGGGGGCCCCCCCGGUGCGGCGCCGCCCGCCCCGGGGCCGCCCCCGCCGGCGGGCCCCGCCGGGCGGCCCCGCGGCCCCCGGGGGGGGGCCCCCCGGGCGGGGCCGGGGCCGCGCGGGGGCCCCGGCCCCCCCCGGCGCGCGCGCCCCCCGGCCGCGCGCCUUGGCCCGGCCCCGGCCCGGCCCGCCCGCCGCCCCGGGCCCCGGGGCCCCCCCGGGGGCCCCCGGCGGGGGGCGCGGGCCCCGCGGCCCCCGGGCGCCGGCCCCCCCGCCCGCCCCCCGCCCGGCCCCCCGGCCCGGCGCCCCCGGCCCCGGCCCCGGGCCCCCCGGGCGGCCCCCCCGGGCCCGGGGGCGGGCCCCCGCCGCACCCGGGCCGGCGGCCGCCCGGCCCGCGGGCCCGCGCCCCCCCGGGCCGCGGGGCCCCCGGGGCCCCGGCCCGGGCCGGCCGGGCGCCCCCCGGCCCCGGGCCCCCCCCGCGUGGGCGCCCCCCGCGGCCGGGCCCGGCCGGGGCCGGGGCCCGCGGUCCCGGGGCGCCCCGGCCCCGCUCCCGCGCCGCGGGCCCGGGGCCCUCGCCGGGCCCCCCCGGCGGCCCCCGGCGGCCCGCCCCCGCCGGGCGCGGGGCGGCGGCCCCGGGGGCCCCCGGCCCCCGCCCCCGGGCCGGGGGCCCCCCGCCCCCCGGGCCCCCCCGGGGCGGCCCCCGCGCCGGCGGCCCGCCGGGGCGGGGCCCCCGCCCGCGCCCCGCGCCCGGGCCCGGGGCCCGCCCCCCGGGGCCCCCGGCCCCCCGCCCGGGGGGGGGGGCCCGCCCCCCCCGGGGCCGCCCGGGGCCGGCGCGCCCGCCCCGGCCGGGGUCCCCGCGGCCCCCGGGGGCGUCCCCCCCCCGGCGGGGCCGCCCGGGCCCCCCCCCGCGGGGGCGCACGGGCCCCGGGGGGGCGCCGCGCCCCCGGCGCCGGGGGGCCCCCGUGCGGGGGCCUGGCCCCCCCGCGCGGGGCCGGCCCCCCGCCGGGCGCCGCCGGCCCGGCCGCGCCGCGCCGGCGGCGGGCCCCCGGGGCCGGCCCCCGCGCCCCCCCCCCCGCCGGGCCCCCCGGCCCGGGGCGCGAGGGGCGGCCCCGCGGGGCCGGACCCGGCGCCCCGGCGGGCCCCGGCCCGGGCCCCCGCGGCGCCCGCCGGGCCCCCGGGCCCCCCCGGGCGGGGCCGCGCGGGGCGCGCGGGGCGCCCCCCGCGGCCGGGGGCCCGGGGGGCCCCCCCGCGCCGGCCGGGGCCACCCGGCCGGGCCGCCGCCCGCGGGGGCCCCCCCGGCCGCGGGCCCCCGGCGGGGCGGCCCCCCCGGGGGCCGGGCGGGCCCCCCCCGGCGCCGGCGGGGCCCCCCCGCGGGGCCCCCCGCCGGGGCCCGGCCCGGGGGGGGCCCCGCGGGUGCCCCGCCGCCCGCCCCGCGGCCCCCCGCCCGCCCGGAACCCCCCCCCCCCCCGGGCCCCCGGGCCGGCCCCCCGCCGGCGGCCGGCCCCCCCCGGCGGCCGGCCCGGCGGCGCGCGG